AUGCUGAGAAGAUUUGCAUUUCGUCAUUUGCCAAUAACAGUGAAAAGGCGGUCAUUCGUCACCUUAAGAAGCAUUCAUUACACCAGCGCUAGAAUGUCUGACAACGAACAGAAGUGGAACCCUGAAUUAACUGGUGAACAAUUAAGAAUUUUAAGGGACAAACAAACUGAGAGGGCCAACACAGGAAAGUAUAUACAUAAUAAGGAAACCGGUGUUUACUCAUGUGCUAACUGUAAUACGCCUCUCUAUUCCAGCGGUGCCAAAUUCGAAUCCGGAUGUGGGUGGCCUGCAUUCUAUGAAGAAAUUUCCAAGGAUGCGUUGACGUACCACACUGAUAUUAGCUAUGGAAUGAAGAGAAUAGAGAUCUGCUGCGGUAAGUGUGGUGGACAUUUAGGGCAUGUCUUUGAGGGAGAAGGUUGGAAAGAGCUAUUGAACUUACCGUCUGAUGUAAGACAUUGUGUUAAUAGCGCGUCGCUGAAAUUCUCGAAGAGCUGA